AUGCUUCUCGACGAAGACCCCGCCACCCUAAUCCACCAAUGCGCCACCAACUUCAACAUCGCGCCCGACCGCUCCGCCCUCUCCCGAAUCAGCACGUCGCAGACGCACCUCUCGGCCUUCCGGUCGCACCACCUCGGCGACCAAAAAGCGACGCUGCAAAAGCUGUCGCGGCAGCUGAGUUCGCUGCAAUCGCAGCACAGCCUGACCACGUCGGCGCACAACCCGGCCGCCCACGCCGCCGAGAUCCUGCGCCUCGACACGCAAAAGUUCCGCGUCGCCAAGCACGUCUCGGACCUCGAGAUCGAGGAGGAGCGCCUCGAGGCCGAGCUCGAAAUGCUGCGCGCGCAGGCCGAGGAGCUGGACGCGCAGGGCGUCGAGGGCGGCGAGCGCGUCGGCAUGAGCGAGGAGGAUGCUGUUGUCCUCAAGCUCAAGGUCUACCGCUCCCUCGGCAUCGACAUCGACGCCGACCCCGUCUCGGGCGCCUACAACAAGGCCGUCAUCCGCAACGCCGCAAAGGGCGACGUCCACGUCGUCAACAUCGACCCCAAGUUCUCGCGCUUCUUCUACGCAAAGUACUUCUGGGACACGCUGUGA